AAGAAUUAUAUCCAUAUAUCAAAUUAUCAAACUAAUUUGAUUGAAAUAAAAUGACUAAUUUAUUCUGUCUUUUAUGAUAGAUAAAUACUACUUAUCUGAAGUUCCGGAAUAUUAUGCUGGAUAUGACAAACAAUGUGGAUAUGAAGCAAAGUGUUACAAUGAUCAAAGCUGUCCAGCUCUGGAGCUGUUUGGUGAGUACGAAAAAGAAGCUUUCAUCAAAGCGGUCGCCGAGUUGUUAAGCAACGAAGAGAAAGCCCAAAACAGUUGCUACCGCAUUGGGCAAGGCGAAUUCGACUAUGGACUGUUUCAGACGAAACCCAUCAAACCAAACGAAGACCUGGACGUGCGGCGUACCCUUACGACGGAUAAGUUUUUGAAAACUUUGGCCAAAAAAUUGGGAAAGUGUGAGCUAAAAAAUCUGCUUGAUGGAAAAUGUUACACAAAUGUAACGCUCUCUUGUUGCAAUGGUGCCGAACAGAUUACGUGCGAUCCUGACAAUCCGUAGGUGUUCGCGUUUGGAUUCCUUUUCUUGUUUCUCC